CCAAAACAUCUCCCUUUCCUUCAACCCCACAAAAACAACCCAAAUCUCCACCGGCGAAACGACACCAAAAUGCGCCGUUUCGUACCCUCUCUUCUCAUCCGCCAUCGUUCCCUUCACCACCUCCAAAACGCCGGUCCUCUCUGCUCUCACUUGAAAUCGCGGUCCGUAAUCCGGUUCUCGGGACCCGAAACAAUCAAAUUCCUUCAGGGUCUUUUAACAAACGAUGUUCGGCGAUUCGGUGAACCCCCGCGUGAAGAUAACUCCCCCGUUCCUACGACAAACGUGGCCUCUGUCGUAGUUCCUCCUAUGUAUGCAGCUCUUUUGACGCCUCAAGGAAGGUUUUUGUAUGAUUUGUUCUUGUAUAGGCCGCCUCGCGCCGAAGAGAAGCUCGAUAGGACUGGGUCGGGUCCGGGUCGUGCGUCUGGUGGGUCGGUGGAGAUUCUGGCUGAUGUCGAUGGCUCGAUCUUGGAUGAGUUGUUGGCGACUUUUAAGAAAUACCGGUUGAGGUCUAAGGUAGAAAUUGAGAAUGUGGCAGAAGACUUCUCUUGCUGGCAGAGGUAUGGUCAGAACCUGUUUGGAAAGACACCAACUGUUGAAGAACCAGAGGCUGCUUCUGUUGGUUGGGGAAUUGGUGUUGAUGGUUCUGGCACAACAGCUUCACAUGGCAAUGAUGUUGGAUGGCAAUGGUUUAAGGAUCCCAGAUUGGGUUGUCUAGGUUUUAGGGGGAUCUUUCCAUCCGGUACAACACCACCUUUAGUUGAGUCUGAUAAAGAAACAGAUGAAGAGAAUUAUCUUCUGUGGAGAUUAGAGAAGGGAGUUGCAGAGGGCUCAACUGAAAUUCCAAAAGGAGAGGCAAUUCCACUUGAAUACAAUUUCACAGGCCUAAAUGCAAUCAGCUUUGAUAAAGGGUGCUAUGUGGGACAAGAACUCAUAGCUCGUACACACCACAGGGGGGUUAUUCGCAAGCGCUUGCUUCCUUUAAAGUUUCUUGACGAAAAUGGAAAAGAGGUGGAGGGAAAAGUUGCCCCUGGUUCAGAAGUGAUUAACACUGCCUCCGGUAAGAAGGCAGGGACUGUGAUCACUGCACUUGGCUUUUGUGGAAUGGGUGUCUUGCGGCUGGAUGAAGCCUUCAAAGGUUUUGGCUCAUUGACACUACAAGGACAGGAGGAUGUGAAGGUGGAGGCCAUUAGACCAGAUUGGUGGCCCACAGAAUGGUUUCAAGAACAUCAACAACAUAGUGCCGUUGCAUAGACUGCUUUGCAUGCCUUGAUAGUCCUCCGGAUGUUGGCCUGGCUUGGCACCUCACACGGUUAUAAGCAGCAGUACAACUUGUUGGAACUUUCUUUUAUAACUGCUAACUUGUUUACAUUUUUUUGUUCUCACCAAAGAAAGAAAAAAAUAAAAGGAUGUUCUCCAAGGGAAACGUCAUAAGCCUUAAAAAUGUGCCUUGAGAAAACUUGGCUGGUGUUGGUUCCAAUCGUGGUACAUUGAUGCUCCAUAAUCAGUUCAUCAUAGUCCAGGAGAAAACUUGUUUGCUGGAGAGCGAAUAGGUAUCCAAACUAGAAAGGAAAGAACUGCCACACUAUGGAAUCGGGUGAUUACCAUUGUUUAUCCGCUACUAUAUAAUACCUGCUGUGAGGAAAUAAAUGUGAAAUCAUCGUAUGUUGUAUCCGCAA